CUCAAUAACUUUUUCUUUGUUGAUUAAAGAAAGGAUUAAUUCAGAAAAUACCGGCAAAAAUUAUAAUAUCACAUCGGAAGAAUUGAUAAUUAUCAAUAAUAGACAAGGUAAAUUUAACAAUAUGUAUAAAAGUGGCGGAAUAAGCCCGGAUGAUGGAGACCAUAGAAGUAAAAUAAAAAAUAAUAUUCCUUCAAAUGUUAAGAUCAUCGAUUUCCGCAGCGACACAAUUACGAAGCCGGACGCGGAGAUGCGACGCGUGAUGGCCGAAGCCGAAGUCGGUGACGACGUCUUCGGAGAAGAUCCCAGCGUCAUUGCGUUGCAACAGCAAACCGCAGAGCUGCUGGGCAAGGAAGCGUCCUUAUUUGUCCCGACUGGCACGAUGGCCAACCAGAUAGCAGUUAUGAGCCACUGCUGGACAAGAGGAGCCGAGAUCAUCGUGGGAGACAAAAGUCACAUCUUCCUCUACGAGCAAGGCGGGGCGGCAACAUUAGGUGGCGUUCACACUCACGCAGUCAAGAAUUUAAAUGAUGGAACGUUUUCUCUCGAGAAUUUACAAUCCGCUAUUCGUUCAGAUGACAUACAUCAUCCCAUCACUUCGCUCGUGUGUAUUGAAAAUACCCACAAUAUAAUGGGCGGCAAAGUGCUGCCUCUUGCUUGGCUUGAUGAGCUUGGCAGGAUUACGAAGAAGCUUGGCCUGCCGGUCCACCUCGACGGCGCUAGGUUACUCAACGCUGCAGUCGCUCUCAAGGUCCCGCCUGCGCGUCUUACCAGAGACUGCGCCUCGGUCUCGCUGUGUCUCAGCAAAGGGCUUGGGGCUCCUGUUGGGUCACUCAUUUGUGGAUCCAAGGACUUUAUCCAGCGAGCUCUGAGGUUGCGUAAAGUCCUUGGUGGCGGGAUGAGACAGUCCGGCAUUCUAGCAGCAGCGGGAUCUCUCGCACUAGCUCGGUACCAGGCCACCCUCAGCAUGGACAAUGAAAAUGCUAAAAUUAUUGCCAAACGCGUAAGUGAGAGUGCGAGUAAGAAAGUAACCGUGGAUGUUGAAGGCGUUCACUCUAAUAUAGUAAUGCUCAACUGCCUUACUGAGGAACUGGGACCAGCAGCACUGCAGGAGAAACUUGAACAGGUGGACCUUCCCCACGACGCAGUUUCUGUGCGGUCUAUGGCAAUCAACGAGUCUCAGGUCAGGAUCGUUACGAACAAUAGCGUUGAUACCGAAGCUAUCGUAUUAGCAUGCGAGAAAAUUAUAAAAGUUAUUACUUAAUUCGUAUGUUUUACAACUAGAAAGAUUUUAAUUUUAUUCUGCUUAAUUCAUAUGUUUUAAAACU